UUGUUGUGCCCUUAGUUUUAAGAAAAGAAGAAGAAGCAGCUACCAACCAGUGCCCUGCAGCCUUCUGGUUGUUGAAGUGACUUUUCAAAGUGACUUUUCCUCAUUGCCUCAGUGCCUCAGUCAUGGAAACGGUUGGCAGUGCCUACCAAGUGGAAAACACAGAUAUAUUCCUGCCGCUGUCAUCACUGAGGCUGCUGAUCCCUCCCCUGCGGCUGCUCUCUGCUGCCAUGUGGCAGGUGGCUCAGCGGAGAGAAGUCCCCGAUUACGAAAAGCUCGACGAGUUUGUGACGCUGGUGACGGCCACAGUCCCAGACCUGCUCAGCCCAAAGCAGCGGGGCAGACUGCUUCUCAGGCUGAGAGCGAAAAUUAUUCUUGAGUUAUGCAAAAACGAGGAGACAGCCAACGUGUUGACCGUGCAGCCUCACCUGACGCGAAUCCGCCCGCCAGGACACACAGGAAGCGGAGAUGCGGAGGUGGAUGCUGAGGAGGCCAUUUUCGUGGAACUCAUCCAAACACUGCUGAAAGACCCAGCGGAGAGGGAGCAUUUUUACCAGGAAGUUUUUCCCACAGAAUACGGUCUCAGCUACGACACGGACAUGCAGCUCCUUGUGUCGGAGUUCCUCUCUAAACUGGAGAAGCUCCUGCCGGUACCCGACCUCAGUCAGACGGUGUCCUGGCUGACCUCUGCCCCCUCUGUGCUGAGGGAAUGCUGGCAAGCACUCUCCAGCCCGGACGACCUGAGGUCCCUCCUGCAGCACCACAAAUCUCUCGAGAAUCUCGGAACACAAGCUACCACCGUGGAGAUGUCCACCCAGGUCUUUGCCUGCUCCGAGUGUCCGUUCUUCCACAUGCAGGAGUCCUACCUGCUGCAGCACAUGGAGCACAGUCACCCGGAGCAGUACAGCAGAUUCCAGAAGGCCGCGGAGACACCGAGGGCCCCCGAGAAGAAGAUCCAGCGUCCCGAGUUCCCAAAGCCUUUCCCCAUCCACGACAGGCCUGUCCCCAACACGUGCCAGGAGUGCGGCAAAUCUUUCACGCGCGCCUCAGACUUGACUCGCCACCUGCGGACACACACGGGGGAGCGCCCGUAUACCUGCGGUGAAUGUCAGAAGGGCUUCAAAAACUCCUGGGACCUGACCAGACACCAGCGCAUUCACACCGGAGAGCGACCCUUCCUCUGCUCCCAGUGUGGCAAGCGGUUCACGCAGAUGGGGCUGCUCAAGCUGCAUUUUGAAAGAACCGCGUGCGGCCAGGCUUGCGACCCCCCCAUUGAGUUCACGCAAGAGGUCGUAGUGGUGGAGGAGUCAUCACAGAAGGGGGGCGCUCAGUAUAAAUGUCAGAAAUGCGGCGAGAGCUUUGGCAGCAUCCUGGAGCGGCUCAGGCACAGGCAGAGGCACGUAGUGAGGCGCCAGUACAAAUGCUCCCUGUGUGAGAAGAUCUACAGCCGAGCAUCGGACCUCAAGAGGCACCAGAUGAAACACACCGGCGAGCGGCCGUUCGCGUGCGAGUGUGGGAAAAGCUUCACGCACGUGUGGCUUCUGAACAAGCACCAGCAGAUCCACACCAGGGAACGACCGUACCCCUGCGCCGAGUGCGGGAAGAGCUUCACGCAGCUCCAGAUCCUCAACAGGCACCUGCUGACCCACAACGGCCAGCGUCCCUUCCAGUGCUCCUACUGCGACAAGAGCUUCACCCAGCUGGCCAGCCUCACACGCCACAAACGGAUCCACACGGGCGAGAGGCCGUACCUGUGCACCACCUGCGAGAAGACGUUCCUCACGCACGGAGAGCUGGUGAGACACGAGCGCAGCCACAGUAACCUGAGGCCGUUCAGCUGCCCACAGUGCCCCAAGAGCUUUAAGACCAAACGGGCUCAGAGCGAACACCUCAACACACACACGGGAGAGCGCCCGUUCGCAUGCGCCCAGUGCGGGAAGAGGUUCGCCAAGUCGACCUCGCUCGUCCGGCACAACCUGACUCACACGGGGGAACGGCCCCACCAGUGCUCGCAGUGCAGGAAGACCUUCCUCACCUCUGGUGAGCUGCUCCUCCACAAGCGGAUCCACACGGGAGAAAGACCCUAUCCCUGCUCCUACUGUGAGCGGAGGUUCAGGUGCUCCUCUGACCUCAACAUGCACGUCCGGACACACACGGGGGAGAAGCCCCACAGCUGCCUGCUCUGUAAGAAGAGCUUCUCUACGUCCACGAGACUGAAGAGACAUGCACGGACACACAUGGAGAAGGGCGGCGUCAUAGAAUCAUUUAGCCUUUGAGCUGACAGUUAAAGAUGUAGAAGAUAAACAAAUAAAAACUUUCUUUCAUCAGUU